AUGCCACCACAACUUCACUACGAUAUCAUUUGGGAUAUCUUUUUGUGUCUAGAUGAAAAAACCUUAUUUACAUGUUUAUUUCUUAAUAAAUAUUGCCAUGAAAUAGCAGCUAAUUUUUUAUGGAGGGACGUUUGGAAACAUUCUGAGUCAUAUUCACCGAAUGUUUCAUCAAAGAUUCUCAUUACCUUGAAUGCAUGCCUUGUCAAAGAAGCAAAACAAAAUAAACAUAGCAUAAAUUAUGAGAAGUUGAAUUAUGCAUCGUUUUGCAAAGUGAUUUCAAUUCCUGAUAUUGAUAUUGAUCCUGGACUUUUUAAACAACUAUCUAUAAAUUGUCAUAACUUUCAAAAAUUAGAAGUAGUUAUUAAAGAAAGCAAUGUGGAUUGGUUAAUAGAAUUUAUUUCUUUGCAAAAUAAUUUGUCAAAUGUGCAAUUAAUACAAAACUCUGAUUCCAAGGAUUGGACAAGGAUUAUAUCUUCAUUAACGAUACAUUUCCCUAGGAUAACUAAAUUAUAUCUAGCUGCAAUUGCAGAAAAUGCACCAACUUUGACGUUUUUAGAAAAUUUGAAAAAUUUACGAGUCCUUUAUUUAUCAUUUGAUUUCAAAGAUGCUUUUUGCGAUUUCGAAAAAUUAAAAAAUGUUAGGUUUCCUCAAUUAAAAUUCUUGGCAUUUUUAAGUAAAUGUCCAAAAACUGAAAUAUUAAUCCAAUUUUUAAAAACCAAUGAGAAGAGUUUAGAAAAUUUGUAUAUAGAAAAAAGUGAUGUUAAUUUAGAAAUAUCUAACCUUUGUUCAAAGUCAAAUAUUAAAAUCGAUGAAUUUUGCCCAAAGUUAAGAUAG